GCGUGGUAAAAAAGGGUGAACUUGGGGGGCUGUCUUUGCGCGCGCUGCGCCGCCCAACCGGAGAUGCGCGAACGGACGCUGGCUCAUUCGCUCUGGUGCAGACACCGGAGUCAGCGGGGAAUGUGUUUGGACACCGGCGUUUCGAUUAAAUAAUAAAAAACAGCAACACACAAUUGGAGAAGCCAAACACCUGAGCGUUUUCUUUUCCCGCCGGUUGUUAUUUGCCAACGGCCGCUUGUCGCGCUAUCGGUUGUUUGAAUCGCCACCUCACGCAGGAUUGCAGCGCCCUGCUCUUCGUAAACAUUCGUGAAUGGAAAGCAGUUGCAGAAAAGACACACAUCUUGACAAACGUUUCUCGAAUCCUCUGCAGUUUUGUGAUUGAUUAGCUGGAUCCUCUUGCAUCCUUUGAGGGAAGAUGGAGACCUUCUUCGCAGAGGGUUCUCGAGUGUGGGUGAAUCAUAAAGAUCAGCUGGUCCCGUCUACAGUGAACUCCUGUGGAGAUGGAACCCUGGUGCUCACCACCGACUACGGGGAGGCGGUGUACCUGCAGCAGGCGGAGGUGAACAGAGAGAAGGUGUCCCCCAUGCACCAGAGCAGCAUUGAUGGAGUGGAGGACAUGUCCACGCUGGCAGAACUCCAUGAGGCCGCCAUCAUGCACAACCUUCAUCAGAGAUACCAGAAAGACAACAUCUAUACUAACAUAGGUUCUAUCCUGGCGGCCGUGAACCCUUAUAAGCAGAUCAGAGGGCUGUAUGAUCUCUCUGCAGUGGAGCUGUACAGUCAGCAUCAUUUGGGCGAGCUGCCACCACACAUCUUUGCUAUUGCCAAUGAGUGCUACCGCUGCUUAUGGAAGAGACAUGAUAGCCAAUGUGUGCUGAUCAGUGGUGAAAGUGGAGCUGGGAAAACAGAGAGCACCAAACUACUGCUACAGUUCCUAUCUGUCAUGAGCCAAAACUCUGCCGGGACACCACCUACAGAGAAGAGCACACGUGUGGAGCAAGCCAUCGUACAGAGCAGCCCCAUCAUGGAAGCAUUUGGAAACGCCAAAACAGUCUACAACAACAACUCCAGUCGUUUUGGAAAAUUUAUUCAGCUGCAUUUCUCUCAAAGCGGGAACAUCCAGGGAGGAUGCAUCGUCGACUAUUUGCUUGAAAAGAAUCGAGUGGUAAGGCAGAAUCCAGGCGAGAGAAACUACCACAUCUUUUAUGCUUUGCUGGCCGGGGCUAGCAAAAGCCAAAAGGAGACAUAUUUUCUGGAAGACUCCCCUGAGUUAUUUCAUUAUCUGAGUCAGUCAGGAUGUGUGAAGGACCGCAGUCUUGAUGACAAACGGCUUUUUGACGACGUCAUGGAGGCUCUGAAGGUCAUGGAGUUCACAGAAGAAGAGAUCAGAGAUAUGUUUAAACUGCUGUCUGGAGUUCUCCAGCUUGGUAACGUGGAGUUCAUGACGGCAGGGGGUGCUCAGAUCACCACCCAACAGGUUGUCACUAAUGUGAGCGAGCUCCUGGGUCUGGACAGUUUUCAGUUGUCUGAGGUUCUGACCCAGCGUUCCAUGAUCCUCAGAGGAGAAGAGAUCUGCUCUCCACUCACAGUGGAACAGGCAAUAGAUUCCCGGGAUUCGGUUGCUAUGGCGCUUUAUUCUCAGUGCUUCUCGUGGAUCAUCAUGCGAAUUAAUCAGAAGAUAAAGGGCAAAGAUAAUUUCAAGUCUAUUGGAAUCUUGGACAUCUUUGGUUUUGAGAACUUUGAGGUGAACCGUUUUGAGCAGUUCAGCAUUAACUAUGCUAAUGAGAAACUGCAAGAAUAUUUCAACAAACACAUCUUCUCUCUGGAGCAACUGGAGUACAACAGGGAAGGGAUUCACUGGGAAGCCAUUGACUGGAUGGACAAUGCAGAAUGUCUGGAUCUGAUUGAGAAGAAACUGGGCAUGUUAGCUCUGAUUAAUGAGGAGAGCCGAUUUCCCAAGGGUACUGACUUCACCCUGCUGGAGAAACUUCACGGCAGACACUCUACUAAUCCCUAUUAUGUGAAACCCAGACUGGCAGACCAUCAGUUUGGGAUAAAACACUAUGCUGGAGAGGUCUUAUAUGAUGUGAGGGGGAUUUUAGAAAAGAACAGAGACACAUUUAGAGAUGAUAUACUGAACAUGUUGAAGGAUAGUAGAUUGGAUUUCAUCUAUGACUUGUUUGAGCAAGUGAGCAGUAGAAAUAAUGAAGAGACCUUGAAGAUGGGUACAGCAAGAAAAAAACCCACUGUCAGCUCACAGUUCAGAGACUCUCUCCAUGCCCUAAUGGCCACUCUCAGUGUAUCCAACCCCUUUUUUGUGCGUUGCAUCAAACCCAACAUGGAAAAGAACCCAAACAAGUUCGACCCAGAUGUGGUUCUUAAUCAAUUGCGGUACUCUGGCAUGUUGGAGACAGUAAAGAUUCGUAGAGCUGGAUUCCCUGUCCGACGCACCUUUAAAGACUUCUUCAGCAGGUAUAACAUCAUUCUGAAUGAGAAGGAAAAGGCAGCUGUGGCUUCGAAUGGAGAUGAGAAAAAGAAGAGCACGGAUCUGCUGACUCUUCACGACAGGUCCAAAAAGGAAUGGCAGAUUGGAAAGACCAAGGUAUUUCUGAAGGAACCUCUGGAACAGAAGAUGGAGAAGCAGAGAGAUGAAGUACGAAGCAAAGCUGGACUGAUAAUACGAGCCUAUCUUCUAAGAUAUAUUGCAAGAAAGAACUUUAAGAAGGCUCGGGACAGCAUUUUGACCAUCCAGAAGAACUACCGCGCACAUUUCUAUCGACGUCGGUUUCAACGGAAACGCUCAGCUGCACUUGUUCUCCAGAAACACAGGCGAGGGCAAGUGGCAAGAGGAGUUUGUCGCAAACUACGAGAAGAAAAGAGGAAGAAAGAGGAGGAGGAAAGAAAAAAGAAAGAAGAGGAAGAGAAUAAAACAGAGGGAGACCAUGAAAAGAAAAACAAAGAGGAAAAGGAAGGAGAGGAAGCAGAGUCUCCACAGUCGUCUGAGGAAGAGCACCGUCAAAUGGAGGAAAUUCUGCAAUUGGAGCGAGAGAUUGAACGUCUUCAGAAGAAAAGAGAAGACGGCGUGUCUAUGCUGUGUGAGAGCUCAAGACAGGAACUCCGCUUGCGGCGUGAUGCUGAGGUGCUGCGUCAGAAAAAAGCUGCUUCUCGUGUUGCCACUGAGUUCCUUGAACUGCUUGACACCGGAGGCCCUGAAGUCAUUCCUGGUGAACCUAAGCGACCUGCCUCCAGAUCGACAGGCGCCACUGAGGAAGAGGUAGAUGAAGGCUUCCAUGCAGAAGAAGAGUGCAUACCACUUCCUGAGUUCCCUCCGCCGGUGGAAGGUCCAGUGGAUCAGGAGAUCUUAGGCACUCUGCCACCUCCUCCUGCUGCUUUUGCCGAGGGCACAGUUGCUCCAUCUGCAUCCAAUGUUCCACCAGGGGCUCCUCCUCCUCCACCACCUCCUCCUCCACCUCCUCCUCCUCUCCCUGGUGAAGCUAAAAAGGAAACUGGAAAGCCUGAAGAGGCUAAAACAGUUAAAGAGGUGGAUGAGAAAAAGCAGGGAGAGGAUGUGGAUCGCACCAGCAGACUGACUGCAGCAGAGUCUCUGCCAGACACAGAGGAACCUAUCUACAGUGUACCUGGGGAUGGUGAGUCAGACUAUGACCAAGAUGAUUUAGAGGAUGGACAGAGCAGCAUUGCAGCGACAGACGCAGAACAUGCGCGCAAGUCCACCUGCACCAAUGCAAGCCAGGAGUCUUACAACCGCAGCUCAGAUUCAUAUGCUGAUAGCGAUGAUGAGCACGAUGGGUAUGUGGACACAGAUGAGGAGGUAUCCAACGGUAAAGUAAACAUCUUGAAUGGGAAUGGACCUCCGUAUUUCCACAGCUAUCUUUACAUGAAGGCUGGCUUGAUGAUCCCGUGGCGCAGGCGUUGGUGUGUUCUGAAGGACGACACUUUCAUGUGGUUCCGCUCUAAACAGGAGUCGUUAAAGUCAGGCUGGCUUUAUAAGAAGGGCGGCGGCCUAUCCACUCUCUCUCGCAGGAACUGGAAGAUGCGCUGGUUCGUUCUGCGAGACUCUAAGCUCAUGUACUUUGAGAAUGACAGCGAGGAAAAACUGAAAGGGACAAUUGACAUCCGCUCAGCUAAGGAGAUUGUGGACAAUCAUGAGAAAGAGAAUGCUCUGAAUAUUGUGACAGACGAGAGAACAUACCAGGUAUUUGCAGAGUCACCGGAGGAUGCUAGUGGCUGGUUUACCGUGUUGAGUCGGGUCCAAAAUGCCACCCCAGAGCAGCUGCUGGAGAUGUCUCAUGAGCAGGCCAACCCAAAGAACGCUGUGGGCACACUGGAUGUUGGAUUGAUUGAUUCAGUUUGUGCUUCAGACAACCCUGACAGACCCAAUUCAUUUGUGAUCAUCACAGCCAAUCGAGUGAUCCACUGUAACUCAGACCUGCCGGAGGAAAUGCAUCACUGGAUCAGUCUGCUGCAGAAACCCAAAGGAGACUCCAAGAGUGAUGGACAGGAGUUCCUAGUCAGAGGAUGGCUCCACAAGGAGAUGAAGGCUGGAGCAAAAAGUUCUGCUCUCAAAUUGAAAAAGCGCUGGUUUGUGUUGACUAACAACUCUCUGGACUACUACAAGUCUUCUGAGCGCAAUGCAUCUAAAAUGGGCACUCUGGUUCUGAACAGCCUGUGCUCUGUGGUCCAGCCUGAGGAGAAAAAGUUUAAAGAGACAGGUUACUGGAACAUCAUAAUUCAUGGGCGUAAACAUUCAUACCGGCUGUACACCAAGUUGCUGAAUGAAGCCAUGCGCUGGGUGUCUGCCAUUCAGGGAGUCAUUGACAACAAGGCUCCUAUUGAAACGCCCACCCAGCAACUCAUAAGGGACAUUAAGGAGAACAGUGUGAACUCUGAGGCCGUGGAACAAAUGUAUCGAAGAAACCCUAUAUUGAGAUACACCCAGCAUCCCUUGCAUUCGCCUCUUCUGCCACUACCAUAUGGAGAGGUCAGCGAAAGCUUGCAAAAGGAGAAGGGUUAUGGAAGCCUGCAGGAUGAGGCUGUGAAGAUCUUUAACUCACUUCAGGAAAUGGAGAUAGUUUCAGACCCUGUCGCCAUCAUCCAGGGCAUCCUGCAGACCUGCCAUGAUCUACGGCCACUGAGAGAUGAGGUGUACUGUCAGCUGAUCAAACAAACCAAUCACGUGCCCCAACCCAACAGCCCUGCAAACCGCGCACACUGGCACCUGCUCACCUGCAUGAGCUGCACCUUCCUGCCCAGUCGUGCCAUCCUGCGCUACCUCCGAUUCCACUUGAAGAGAGUUAGAGAGCGCUACCCUGGCACUGAGAUUGAGAAGUAUGCCCACUUCAUUGGUGAGUCCCUGAAGAAGACAAAGGCCAGGGAGUAUGUGCCCUCUCAGGAGGAGAUCGCCGCCCUGCUGAACAGACAGGAAAUGACAACUACUGUGUACUGCCAUGGAGGAGGUUCUUGCAAGAUAUCCAUCAACUCACACACCACAGCUGGGGAGGUGGUUGAGAAGCUAAUUCGUGGUCUGGCGAUGGAAAAUAGCAGGAAUAUGUUCUCUUUGUUUGAGCACAAUAAGGUGGAGAGUCGGGCCAUAGAAAGCCGUAUAAUUGUAGCAGAUGUGCUCGCAAAGUUUGAGAGGUUGGCAGGUAGUGAAGAUGAGGAGGAGGAGGGUCCCUGGAGGCUAUAUUUCAAGCUCUAUUGCUUUCUUGAUGUGGAAAGUAUGCCCAAAGAGGGAGUGGAAUUCGCCUUCAUGUUUGAGCAGGCUCAUGAAAGUCUCAUCAGUGGUCAUUUCCCAGCCCUUGAGGAAACCCUCCAGCACUUAGCAGCCCUGCGACUGCAGUACAUCCACGGGGACGUGGCCCGUACGCCCUGGAGCCUAAGCAGCGUCUACCCUGUUGGACGACUUCGCACCCGCAUACUCCAAUCCACUAAAGCAGGGGGUGCUGGAGUACCCGGAGCUGGUAUAAUAGGUCCAGGAGGACACACUUUAGAACGCCGGAGGACCAACUUUCUAGAUGGGACACUAAGACGUAGCUUCAAGACGGGAUCUCUGAAGAAACAGCGCGUGGAGGAGGAACAGAUGUUGGAGAUGUUUGUAAAGGAGGAGAUGUCAGCCACACUGACCAGCGUGCUGGAGAAAUGGAGCCGUCUACAGGGCAUGCCUCAACAUCAGGCCAUGCUCAGCUACAUGACAGUCAUCAAAGAGUGGCCAGGAUAUGGGUCCACACUAUUUGAUGUUGAGUGUAAGGAGGGCGGAUUCCCUCAUGAUCUGUGGCUGGGAGUCAGUGCUGAAAAUGUCUCUGUGUACAAACGCGGUGAACCCAAACCGCUCGAAACGUUCCAGUAUGAGCACAUCGUUUUCUUCGGCGCACCUCAGCCCAGCACAUACAAAAUCAUUGUUGAUGAAAGAGAGAUGUUCUUCGAGACAUCUCAGGUGGGUGAAAUCACUAAGAUCAUGAAGGCAUACAUCAACAUGAUCGUCAAAAAACGCUGCAGCAUUAUGUCCAUCACCAGCAACAGCAGCGCCUGGAUGAGGUGAUCGAUGGCAACCAGCGCCCAAAGUGUCCAGAAACACAGUGCGAUGAAAGUAAAGUAUGCUACUGUCCGUUAUUGAUUGGAGAAUGAGAGCAGAGAAGAAACAGAGACUUCACCCUUCCAACGAUUGACCUUAACCUACUGAAAUCCUCUGUUCUAAAUACAACAGCACACACACAUUCAUUUAAUAUGAAUCGGACCAGUUUCACCUUUAUGAAGCACAACAAAGCCUGGUAACCUGCUCACUGUUCCCUCCCCUCACUGCCAGCACCCUUCCUGAUGACCAAACUUAUUUAUUUCCUUCUCUCGUCUUCUCCAUUUAAUUCCUUUCUCUCUACCCUCAGUAAUGUUGUACCUAACCAACAACCACCCACGAUUCCAUUUACCGGUAGAUUUACAGAGGUGUGUAUAUUGUGCUUGUGUGUGAGAUCAGAGUUUGUGCACACACACACACAGAGGUGAACACUUCGUGGAGCGCAUACAGAGCUAUUUUGUAAAGCCAUGGCUGCUGGAGUCCGUUCGGAGAGCUGGAAAAGGCUAUGCGUUAACAUUCCCAUUUGUGUAAAUGGCAGCUGCUCGGCUGGAGCAGGACACCCCAGAAGUAUGCUGUUUGAAUUCUGUCAACUUUGCUCGUUGCCGCUCAAUUUCACAUACAGGUUUUUUUGAGAGAAUCACCUGAGCCAUAAAUGCCAUGUGACUUGGACCGCAGGAAAAUGACAUCCUGGCAGCUCUGAUUGGCUGAUGGCACCAAAAAGGAACAUGCAACAAAAAAAAAACUGCUUUAAUGAAAUGUGUGCAAUUUAUGUGUUUUUUCCAAACAUUUUGCCUGUUCGGUCAAAAGCGUAGUUACAAAACCUACCAUCAGAGGCCACCUGGAGUCAGCCAGCCAAUCAGAUCGCAGUAUAAUUGUGGCCUGGCACUUUGCGGAUAUCAGCAGCGACUGUCUACUUGUUUGUAAGACUGUUCACACAUCAUCAAUGCAACAUCCUAUUUUGUAUUAAAUGCCAGAGUCUAUAAAUACAUAUGCUGAAGUGUUACAUUUGAUACUGUCUACAUUACUUACGUAUUUACAGAAAUUACAGCAUUUUCCUUUUUUGUUAUUUUUGCCCGUGAUGCACAGCUUGUGUAAUUUCACCUGUACCAAGGCACAAAAGCAUACCUAUUUUGACCAGUUUGGUUUCCUAAGCACCUCUAUUCACUAUUACAGAGAUCGGAUAACUGUUAUGAAGUGUUAUGCAAGUAGUGCCAGACCUGCCUGCCCAAAGCAAGCAAUGAAAAGUAUUGUAUUAAGUAACAGCAGUCAAGAUUCAAUAAGCAUGUGUUUUGUGCUGUAUCAAUUCGUAUACUUAACGUUAAUUGUGAAACACUUAAACUUAUUUUAUGAUUAAAGCACUUAAACUGUU